CUUCUACCCUUCUGACCCUCUGCUCUUUCAUUCUCCUCCAUUCCCCGUUUUAUUUCCUUCUGCCCCUUUACAUCCACUAGAUUCCCUCUCUUCUAGAUCUCCUUUACCCUAUUUCCCUCCUCCAAGCAAUCCUCUGUCCUUAAUUCCCACACAACACCUCUUCUUUCACCUGACACUCGCCCAACUUGAUCAAAACAAUAAAAAUAAAAAAAGACACGCAUAUCUAUCCCCCAAGGCACCAUUGCUCGGUCCCAAUUAUCAGAUUCAGACCAGUCGCGAGAAAUAGGAAUUCAGUCAAUCAAUUAGUCUGCCCAUCAGUAUGUCAGCAGAACCCAGAACGAGUCCAACACCAAGAUAUACGAUCCUUGUUACCAUUGUCGAGGGUCGCUAUUUCCUUCGUGAUCCCGACUGUCAAUUGAUGGUCCAGUGCCAGUUCAAUGAUGCUCUCUUCAUCGAGAACCCAGAGACAAAUAGCCAUUCCUACCCAGAAAUCCUCAGCACAGAUCCUGUCGAGCAAACCCCGUACCCUAUCUGGGAUACUGAACUCGCCUGGGACCUGGAUGCUGAAGUCCUGGACAUCCUCCGCAUCGAGCAUGCUUCUCUCAAGCUCACCUGUUUCUCCAUCAACCAAAAGACAAACGAAGAAGAGACCUUGGGACACAUCAUCUUGGAUCUCUCUUCCGCAUUCGAGCCUGAAUCAGCAGAAGAACAAUGGGCCGCCUUGACCGGUGCCAACGCUUCAGGAUACCGUGGCCUGCAACCAGAGCUCAAGAUUGCUUUUACGAUCGAUGAAGGUAUCUCAGAUGUCAAUCCUACGAUCGAUAAUGUCCUGACCAGCAUCGAAUCCACCUCCUCUGAAGAAGCCGAGUAUUUGAGUCAGAUCCAGUCUCAUUUCAAAAAGACUCCUGCUGCUGCACUCCAUGGGCUUGAAGAAGAAGAGGAAGAGGACGAGGAUCGGUACGAAGAUGAUGGCCGUGAUGCUCAUGUGCCUAUCGGAGAUCGAUCUUUCUAUCGAACUCGAGAUGAUCCAGAGACUGGUGUACCUGAAUUCGAUGAUGAUGAGUCGAUGCAGAUGGAUAUCCCAGUCGAUGUUGGUGAGGUCAUCAUCCCUACCGAGGUCAAAUCAAAAGGAUUCCUUCAGCUCGGUGUUGGUCGCGACUUCUUCAUCUUCACCAUCACCAUCCAGGCAACAAGGAACAUGGAUAGCUUAGUAGAGCGCUAUGCAACCACCCAAGGUAAAAAUGUCGAGGCUGUUGAGCAAGGACUCUUCCUCUACUACACCUUCCUCGGCAACAGUGUGGCAACACAGCUCCUUAACAAGACCGAGGCAGGCGCACCAAUUGAAGAGAUCGCACUGAGACUCAAGUCAUCGAUGGAGUCAAUGUACCAACACUUCCGAGAUGGAGAGCAACUCUUGAUCCAUCUUUGCCAUGGAUCCAAUCUCAUUGGGACUGCUACCAUCCCUCUUGCUGUCAUUCUCCUUCACGGCACAGCCAAUCUGUUCCAUGCAAGUGCUCAGUUCUAUCCUUUCCAGCCAGCUGUUCCUUUGCAUGAAGAAGGAUCCAAGCCUGAGCCAUCGGAGGUUGCCUUUGUGCAAGUGGCUAUGCAUGUGACUCGUGAUUUGAAUACUCUUGCUACUCCCAACACUCCUGCCAUCCGUCGCGCAUCACAAGGCACUGCUUCCAAGAGAGCCAGACCUGCUGCCAUUGAGGUAGACACCUCCAGGAACUUGAGUUCCUCCACUUCAUCUCGUUCACCUCGUCGACAUGAUUACAAGUUCUCGAUUGAGCUCCGCACAUUCAAGGCAUUGUCCCGCAACCUGAACAAUGUCUCGUUGAGAUACAACUACCGUCCUUUUGGUCCAAAGUCUACUCAACCUCCUAUCAAUGCAUCGAGACUUGUGCCAACAUCUCUACCUGAUAGCUGUCGCACCUUCCAGUUGUGCCAAACUCCACAAGCUCUUCGCAACCAACUCAAAACACCAUUGGUGGUCGAGGUCUGGUGCCAGCAUCCGGAGACUAGGCAAAAUGUCCUUCAUGCCUCUGGCCAGAUUCAUCUUAUUGAUAUCCUAGAUGAGGAUGCUGAACCAACAACAGAAGGCCAUAUGCAGCGUCUUCAAUCCAGUUUUGUAGUCGUACUCGAAGGUGGUAGCAGUCCUGUGGGAGAAAUCCAAUUUGCAUGCUCUCUUGAGGAUCUUGGCGAGUACUUUGAUAGUCAACAGAGUGAGAUCCUGUCAACAACGCCUGUGCACUCGAUGGAGCUCCACCACCACUCUAGAGGUCCGUCUAAUGAUCUGUCUACAGCUGGACCUGAGCCUCAGUAUGGUUUCCAUCCUCGUGGUCACAAUGUCGAAGUAUUGCCAUCUGAGCAUGAGGAAGUGCGUAGUCAGAGAAAGCAGCGUAACUCGUCUCAUUUUGCAGAAGGUUACAGUGAUCAAGAACGAGCCGAGACAUCAGCUGCUCCAAGCCGAUCCAGUCAAAGACCCACCUCUGUUCGACUCUCUCAGGUCCGCCACUUGUCACAGGCUCAUCAGAACAGCCAUCCUCACCACCAUCACCCAUAUGGAAAGCCCUCGAGUCCAUCUGGAAAGAAUGAUCCCCCUAUGGACUAUCAGAUGGCUUUGAAGCAACAGCUUGCUAAACAAGUCGAGUUGAAUCGCCAAGUCGAGUAUGACCUCCUUCGUCGCUCGCCUAUCUCAAGCCUUCCUCAUUCACUUCAGCAGACCCUUCAAGCUGAAAAGACAAGACGUCCUUCCUUGACAAUCGAUGGAUUGGAGAGCAAGGGCGCUGUGGGUGUUGAUGGAGCUGAGAGUCAGAUCUCUCAGAAGGCUCAACAGAAGGUGAAGGAUCUGAAGGCUCUUGAUUACCAAGUACAGAAGCAGUUGAUUGCGCUCGAGUUUCGUGAGCGUAAGCUGUUGCGAGCUGAGGAGGCUUUGCAGCGUCAACAAGCCAAUUUCCAAAAGGUCAUGGAUCGCCAUGGAUAUUCACAAGGCUCAUUCCAGAAUCCUGAUCAGCCAUUCGUUACCACUCAGGCUUUGUCAUCAUCUACAACAGCAGGUGUUGGCAGUGGUAGCAGUGGUGCUGGUGUUGGUGCUGGAUCGCAACCUAUCUUGGGUAGCAAUCCUAGUCCACAGGACUUCUUUUUGCUCCAGGACCGUUUCCGAGCACUCCAAAGACAGAACCAACUGUUGGAGGCAGAGUUCAAUCAGUACCGUCAAGAGCACCCAGCUCAUCUCAAUACAUCCAGCAUUGCAGCACUCCACAAGAAGAUUGCAGAGCUCGAGUCAACCAAUAGCAAGCUGAUGAAUGAUGUCACGUUUGCCAACAACUACAAGGAGCACUACAAGGCCCUUUGGACUCAUUCUUUGCAAGAGAUCGCAUCGAUGCGUCAAGAUCUUCAGAUGGGGAUGGAGAUCAAGAUGAUGCAACAGUUCAAUGAAGUGGAUCAGCUGAAGCUGAUGGGAAUGACACGUGCUGAAGCAGACCAUGGCCAGGAUCGAAUCAUCCUCCGAGGCAUCAUGAAGAUGACGAAGGAACAGAUGACUAUAGCCAAUAUGGUCGCCGUGGCCGUGGUGGCGGUGGACAUCAUCAGCAUCAGCAAGAGAGACACUAUCCUAUGGGACAGAGUCAACAACGUCAACAACCUUCACAAAAGCAACAUCAACAGCAGCAACAGCAGCAACAACAGCAACAUUAUCGUGGAGGUCAACAAUAUUCGAUCAGCAACAACAAUGGCUCGACCUAUGAGCCUUUCCCUACUUCAAUCAAGCCAACAAAAGCAAGUAGCAGUAGUGGUGCAGAUGGUAGUAGCCAUAGCAAGUUGCAAGGAGGGAGUUUAGUUGAUGCUCGAUACUUUCAUUCGAAUGCAGGAGUAGGCAACACAAGCCUAAAUGAGGAGGAGGAUGAGGAACAUGAUGAGACAUUGGUGGAUAAUACGAUGAUGCG